UCCUGGGUGCAGCUAUUGUACUCUGUGGAUCACUAUUCUGCCUAACAAUGUCUGUUGUGGGAUUACACCGUGGACCAGUCUGUCAGUAUUAUGACCGUGUAGAGACGAAUACUACUGGCUCCCCAGUACCCACCAUCAGUACCUCCCUGAUCUGGGGUCGCCCAUUUGAGAACCCACUGAUUAAACAGAACAAUGAAAUCUACCUCUUCCACCCAGAAUUGUGGGACACGUGUGUGGCACCUCCUAAUGUGGUUGGGUUCAACGUCAUCUUUUUCUCUAUCUUGAUAGCAGCGAGUUCCAUUGAGGUCAUCCUGGGCGCCGUCCAGUUGUUCAACGGUCUAUUUGGUCUCAUCUGUGGAACCUGUAGGAACAAGGAUGAUGACGACUAUAAGGACAUGAUGGAAGAUGAAAAGAAAGAAUACAAAUGUUAAUACAGCGACAAUGCUUGGAGCAGGAAGCACUUUCCUUAUAAACCUGUAUUUUCCCUUUACAUAGACCGGAUGUGGGCUGGUUUCUAUAGAAAAUGUAUCUAGAUCUAUACAUGAUGCCCCGUGUGUCCUGCCAAUUAUCAUCUGUUAAAGCGGAACUAAACCCUCCUAUACUUUUCAGCCAUGGAAGCUGCCAUCUUGGCCUCUGUUUGAUCUGUGC